AUGGAUUCAACUGAUUUGAAUGCCGGGCUGGGAUAUGGCCUUCGGUAUUUUGUGGAGGGAACGUCUUUUGUUCAACGCGUAAUUGAUGGAGUAAUGUUUCUGUCUUUUUGGGAUUUGGAGUUCAUCCUUGGGUCUUGCGAGUUGGUAUUGAAGAAAUGGGAGGCUGAUUCUAAGCUUUGUCAUGUUGGUGGUCAACCUGGAUGUAUUGUGGGUCCAAAUUCAGAAUUCUUAACUGGAGCAAUGCCAAUAUAUAUUGAUGAUGAUGGGAAUAGUUCGGUUAUUGUUGGGGCUUCAGCAAUUGUGGACGAUUUUGCGAGCAAUGGUGAUUAUCAAGUUUUGACAUCGUGAUUUUACGUGGGAUUAAAUAUUUUUCUUGUUUUGUUCUAGAUUUAAAGAAUCCGGCUGCAAUUAGGAUAGGCAUAAAUAGAAUAUACCGUUUCCAUGCUGCUAUUUGUUUAAUUAUGUCUUCCCACAUGAAGAGGCC